GUACAGAAAGAGAGAGAGAGAGAGAGACACGGAGGGAAGUUAGAUGUCAGAAUGACUCCACUGCAUGCUCGUCUAGCAGUGGAGAAGCUGAAUAGAUAGGACAGACAGACGGAGCGUUCAGUGGUGAUUAAAUGUCAGCUGUGCAUACCGCAGAGAAAGAAAGAAGAAAAGGAGGAGAAACAUGAGUCACCAGCAGCAGGAGUCCCAGGGAGUGGUUUUAACGGGUUACCACAGCAACGUAGAACUGCUGCCGAAACCUGGUGUGUGUGCCCAGGACCUCGACUCCACUGUGUCCAGUCGCAGAACGGGGAACUACAGUGUCCAACCAAACUACAAUGCGCUACACAGAGACAGACAUGGACCUACCAACAAAACAAGCAAUGCUAAAACCACCUGCGGUAACCCGCUGCCACUGCCCAACCCAGGCUCAACCUCAUACUCCAAAACUCAGCUAUGUUCUAGCCCUAAAGCGCGUUCCUGUCCCAGGAUUGGUUCCGGCUCCAGUCCCAAAUCUAGGGUCAGACCCCGACUGCCCUAUCAGCGCUGCAGCUCACAGGACUCACUGGAGGAGCUGCAGAUGGAUGACUAUUGGAAGGAGGUAGAGAAUAUCACCCGUUCAGUCGGAGCACCCGACAAAGGGGAAGGUGGAGAAGGAGAAGUGCAAGAGGAGGAGCAUCAGAAAGUUGCGGAGGAAGGAGAGCAGGAGGAGGCGUGGCUUACAGAGGCGGGGCUGGCACGGCUGUUUGAUGGGUCACUGGCUGCUGAUCAAGAUCAGGAUGAAGAUAGCGCCGUGUUCCUGUCUACACUGACAAGAACUCAGGCGGCAGCCGUAGAACGCCGGGUGGCGUCGCUACAGCAGACGCUACGGCGACGCAACCGACAGCAUGUUCCUGACGUUAGGGACAUUUUCAAACCACCUACAAAGGACGACGAGCCCAGCAAAACCAAAGAGGGAAGUGAGAAUGGACAGAGAGACGUCCCAUCAGCCGAAACAGAGACGGAACUCAACGUUGAAGUCGCGUUUUCCGAGCAGGCUGUCAACUACAGGGAUAACCAUCAGCGGUUGAAAGCCGCCACGUGCACGAACUCACCUGACGACAAACUACCAAACUUUAAGCUACUCCGGGAUAAAACGGGUCAGACCAGAAUAGGAGAUCUGUCUCCUCUGGAUAUGAAAAAGGUGCACAGACUCGUGCUUGUGGAAAUGACAGCUCUGUUCGACACCGCCGGCGUUGACCUGAAGGCUCACAAAGCUGUGAAAGUAAAAGCAAAAGAAACUGGUCUGUUUGGUGUUCCACUUGCCACGUUAUUGGAUAUGGACCAGAGGCGUGCUGCUGGAACCAAAGUGCCAUUCAUACUGCAGAGGCUCAUCAGCCAUAUUGAGGAGGAAGGACUGGACACAGAGGGGUUGCUAAGGAUACCUGGAGCAGCCACAAGAGUCAAGGCGCUCUGCCAAGAACUCGAGUCCUGUUUCUACGAUGGACUUUUUCCAUGGCACCAUUUGAAACAGCACGAUGCCGCGAGCCUUUUGAAGCUGUUCAUCCGAGAACUACCCCAUCCAUUACUGACUGUGGAAUACCUCAGUGCUUUUAUUGCUGUCAACAAGCUCCCCACAAGGAAGCAACAGCUGCAAGCGUUAAACCUGCUGGUUCUUUUGUUGCCUGAAGCUAAUCGUGAUACGUUAAAGGUACUCGUGGAGUUUUUUCAGCGCGUGAUCGACCAUCAGUCCCAAAAUAAAAUGACUCUCAACAAUGUCUCAGUCGUCAUGGCGCCCAACAUUUUUAUGUUUAAAGGCUUUCGCUCCAAGAUUACAGAACAACAAGAGUUCUCAAUGGCAACGAGCACAGCCAACAUCGUCCGGCUGCUGAUUAGAUACCAGAACCUUCUGUGGACGAUUCCCAAGUUCAUUCUGACCCAGGUCAGACACCAGAACAUGGAAAGUCAACGCAAAAACAAUCGGGAGCGAGCUGUAAGAAAGCUACUGAAGAAGAUUACCACCGACAGACCUUCUGACAAAGUCAUUCCUGAGGAGAGUUCGCUCGGAUUUAUUCGCGUUCAGGCGCCACAGUUCAGUAAAGUGUCGAUGGCUGUUCAUCUUACAGAAGAAUUACAAGCUGCCGACAUUUUAACGCGCUUCCUCAGCCAGGACAGUUCGGUGGCAGCAAAACGAGAAGAUUUGUGUCUCUAUGAGAUUGGCGGAAACAUCAAGGAGAGGUGUCUGGAUGAGGAAACGUACAUGAAAGACCUUUUCCAGCUGAAUCCAGCAGCAGAAUGGGUCGUCAGAACCGUACAACGAUAACCAAUUCAGUCACACCCAACUGGGUGCGGGACAGCGCCACCACCCUGUGCUCCUGAGGUCACCUGUAUUCCAGUUCAUUGUUUUUUUGUUUGUUUGUUUGUUUGUUUUUUUUUUUUUUUUUUUUUUUUCUUUUCAGGUUCUGGACAUAUUCUGUCAAAAUGGUGCAGAAACUUCGACGCAAGUUAACAUUCAUUCAGCCUCUAACCCUGUUUGAAGAAGAAGCAUUUGUG